AUGGCCCGAGCAGAAGUUCAAAGGGAAGGUGAUGAUUACGACAUUCCAAAUGAAGCAGAUGACAUUUGUUUGAUGAAUGAAAGUCGGGUGGAACCUUAUCAUGGUUGCGAAGCUGGUCCGAGCAAUGAAGAAGCAACCAACAUGAACGUUGAAGAUGGCGGAGCCGAUGUAAAAAAAGAAAUGGUUGACGAUGCUCAUGGCAAUGACAUGGUUGGUGAUGUUGAACGUGCUAUUCUGGAACAGAAAUUUGAUUCGGUCGAAGAUGGAGAAGAUUUCUACAAUGCGUAUGCUAAAGCCAAGGGAUUUAGUAUACAAAGAUCUAGAUUUAACACAAAUAAAGAGGGAAAGGUCGUUAGUAGGCUGUGGUUGUGUUCAAGGGAAGGUCAGAGAUUACCAAAAUACUUGGACCGUGUUGCUGAGAAGAGUAGAGCUCCCAAGGCACUAACAAGAGUAGGUUGCAAAGCCCAAUUUCGCAUACGGUAUGAUGCAGAUGCUGGUGAAGGGGGAAAGUAUGUUGUGACUCACUUCGUCGCAGACCACAACCAUGAAUUGGCGGAACAACACUGUGUGAUGUAUUUGAGGUCACAUCGCAGUUUAAACAUUGCUGGCAAAGCUCAAGCAAUAGCUAUGCGCAACAUCGGUGUGAAGACUAGCCAAAUCAUGGACUAUAUGGUAAAUCAAUCCGGGUCUUAUGAGAAUGUUGGUUUCGUCCGUACAGAUCUGCACAACCAUUCAAGCCGAAUGUAG